AUUGAACACACACACAGGUGAAAUUUUAAAAUUUGUUGACGAGAAAAUUAACUUAAAUUAGCUGGAGUCCACUACAAAUCCAUUGGAUAACAGAAAAUUGAAGAACACAUCCGAAUGUCUUGCAUUGAUUGCAUCGACAGUAUGGAGCCUCCCCCUGAUAUGAUAGAAUCUAUGCCACCGCCACCUUUGCCGUCAUUCUUGCUUCCAAAGAAAUCCGUCGGAGUCAGCGAAUCGUCGCAUCAGCUGUGUAGUAAUAGCCAUGGGCCCCUAAUGUGUGAGAAAUGGUCAAAGCGGGAUUUUACGGGGCGGGAAUUUAUCGAGUUAACACAAAAAGAUGAUACGUGGCUGUAUAUUUCAGUGUUUACGGUUGUGGGAAUUGUGGUGUUGUGUUCCAUUGUAGCUUUUAUUGUAAUGAAAUGUAGAAAGCAUUAUCACAGUCACGACCCGAAAAAUAAACGACCGCCGCCCCUCGAUGGCACGAUACGAGGGCGCGACAACAAAACGGACACCUCGAUGUCUGGCACAAUGCUUUAUCCCUUCGUUCCCAGUGCACAUUACCAAAGUCACGGGCAUGCCGCGGACAAUCGAAUGCUAUGGGCCACCAUAACGCCGCAUGGCACACGACACUUUGUCUCGGAAACGUUUGUGCCGCAAGACGAUCACUACGAAAUUGUCGACUACCAUCAUCGGCAUCAGCAUCAUGCACACGGAACGCCCUCAACGUCCUCCGAAAAACAGCCCGAAUUACGUAAGAACAAUCUCAAAACUUCAUUUGAAAAUUCAGGAUUUGUUGAUUUUGAUUAUGAAGAUCCCACGCCACUCAUGGAGUCAUAUAACACAGACGACAUGGACUCGGGAUACCAGGAGCCAAAUAGCAUCUAUGAAGGAAGUGUUCGUGGGCAGUAUGUCUCGUCGCCUACCUUCAUUGAAAAUCCGAAUUUGGCGCCGCUGAAUAUGCACGUUCCACAAUCGCCGCAACAUCUCGACUCGGCAUCGAGUCGAAGUAGUCUCGAAAUUGGGACGCUGACCAAUAAUACAAGUAGGAAGGGGACAAUCUCGCGACGAAUUAGUGAUUUACCAAUUAGGAAUGCAAGAGUAUAGAACUCGCGACACUCACACACACAAAAAAAAAACACAAAAGACUUGAAACACAGAAGCAAUGAGCAAGUAGAGGCUUGAGAUUUUUGCUCAAAAGAUUUUAACAAAUUUUUUUGUACAUUUUAGUCUAAAAAUGAAAAAAAACUAUGUCUGUACGUUUGGUAGAAAUUCCCUCCUUCUCCCCUCCUCGUCCUCUCUUGGCAAUAUAUAUACAACACACGUAAGAAUAUUUGAUGUCCGUGAUAUUAUUUACUCUGUAAUCUAAGAUAUUUAAAAGAAAGCUAUAAAAUAUCAUUUUUCGCUUCAAAAUUUACGAAUUUCGU